UGGUUUCUGUCUGUGAACAGAAGCUGCAGCACUUCAGGUGAGAGCAGAGAAAAGCAAGUGCUGUCUUCCUGCUCAUCCUCUGAUUGGGAAUGACCUCAGCUGCUCCAUCCCCUGAUCCAAGUUUGGAUAAUGAGUGGAAAGAACGGAAGAAGAAAUUUGCAAAAACCUACAGUCUGGAUGAAGAAAGAUAUAGAAGACUAGUGUGGGAGGAGAGUAAGAAGAAAAUUGAGGCACACAAUGCAGACUAUGAGCAGGGCAAGACCAGCUUCUACAUGGGCCUGAAUCAAUUUAGUGACUUGACUCUAGAAGAAUUCAGUACAAAUUGCUGUGGAAGCUCAAUGUGUAGAGGAGAAAUGGCUCAUGAUUGGCCUGAACCUGAGGAUUUGGGAAAGAACAGCUACCUGACACCUGGGAGGGAUCAGCCAGAGUAACAGUUGUGGCUUGACUGGUAACAAUAGCAUAGACUAGGAAUGAAGCAAGCACUCUGCCAUUGCCUUGGGAGUCUUCUGCCUCCUUGUGUGAGAAGAAUGAUGCUAGAGAGGCUCAACAGCAGGAAGCAGCCCAUCACAGUGUCCAGCACCUGCUGUGUGUAGUGCAACAUGGAAUUCAUGUAAGAUCAACACUGUGGUGUGAACUCUGAGGCACAUUCAUGCUAAUAAAACUACCAGUUUU